AUGAAGAAAAAAAUGGCAGCGCCCAUCCAACCUCAACGAUGAUCUGUCGUUUCAAACGAAUCUUUCUUUUUAUAUCGGCACGAUCAGAAGUUACAUUCUAAAGUUACAAGAGCAAAAGAAUCAUCAUGAAGUUGACUUGUCUGUCUGCCAAUCCAAGCAAGCCUUGCUUCAUCCUUCACUUCAAAGGUGUGACCUUUAUGUUGGAUUGUGGUCUGGACGUUAGAGAAAUUCUCAAGUUCCUACCACUACCUGUGGUUCAUAAUGCAAGGUUAUCCAAGUUAAAAGGAUGGACGUCAUCUGAUGACAAAAGUGAAGAAAAUGCAAUGUUGGAACAAGAGUUGAAGCAGUGUGGUGGAAAUGUGUUUGUAGACGGAAUGAUAGAAUUCUCAAUACCAGAAGUGAGCAUCACAGACCUGUCCCAGGUUGACGCCAUCCUGAUCUCAAACCACAACACCAUUCUCGCUUUACCCUAUAUCACUGAGUACACUGGGUUCAAGGGGAUCGUGUACUGUACUGACCCCACUCUUCAAAUAGGGAGACAAUACAUGGAUGAGUUGGUGACAUACAUAGAAAGGACCCCAAAAACCAAAGUCUGUACCCAGUGGAAGGCUGACAAUAUCCUCAAAUUAUUGCCUUCCUUCCUGAGUGAUACUGUACGUCCACGUAUGUGGAAGAAAUGCUACACUAGACAUGACGUCAACUCAAGUCUCGCCCGUGUCCAGGUGGUUGGCUACAAUGAGAGAAGGGAUAUCUACGGUGCCCUUACAGUGCUAGCCUGUAGCUCUGGUUACAGCAUAGGGAGCUGUAACUGGGUCAUCACAUCAGAGUAUGAAAAGAUCUGCUAUGUGGCUGGAACAUCAACACUGACUACCCAUCCUAAGCCAGUGGACCAAGCUCCCCUGAAGAACAGUGAUCUCCUCAUCCUUGGAUGUCUGACGCAGACACCGACUGUAAACCCGGACGCCAUGAUCGGAGAGUUCUGUGUUAAUGCAGCUGUAACCUUGAAGAAUGGCGGUAAUGUCCUUGUGCCCUGUUACCCAUCCGGAAUCACCUACGACCUUUUUGAGUGUUUAAGUGGACAUCUGGACACAUGUGGACUGAGCACGAUCCCCAUGUACUUCCUGUCUCCAGUUUCUGACAGUGUUCUGGCCUACUCAAAUAUCUUUGCAGAGUGGCUGUCUACAGCGAAGCAAUCCAGGGUCUACCUCCCCGAACCCCCAUUCCCACACGCAGAGUUGGUGACGUUAGGCAGGCUGAAGCACUUUAACAACAUACAUGAUGGUUUAAACAGUGACUUUAGGACACCGUGUAUUGUGUUCACGGGUCACCCGUCGCUGAGGAUGGGUGACGUCGUCCACUUUAUAGAGAUGUGGGGGAAGUCUUCUGGGAACACAAUUAUCUUUACAGAGCCAGAUUUUCCCUACCUAGACGCUUUGGCCCCAUACCAACCAAUGCAGAUGAGGGUUUGCUACUGUCCUAUAGAUACAAGUCUCAACUUUGGUCAGGCCAACAAACUGAUCAAGGAGCUCAAACCGACACACCUGGUGGUCGCGGAGAGCUACACUCAGCCUCCCGUCUCCAUGCCUCACCGCACAGAGUUUGUUAUUGAGUGGGAGCCCGGCCCUUUGACCUACAAACGAGGGGAGAUAGUAUCAUUACCAAUCAAACGACAGUUUGAGUCUGUCGAACUGAGCUCUGAGCUGGCAGCCUCUCUGGAGCCAUCAGAAGUGAAGCCCGGUACCAGCCUUUGUAUGAUCACCGCCUCCCUUGUUGUUAAAGACAACAAAUACCUGUUAAAGCCCUUAUCAUCAGAGACUUUAUCGACCAAGAGGCGAGCCGACGGUACGUUGAUCCGACCAAAGUCGUACAUCUGGGGGAAACUCAACAUUCAGUCUUUUGUGGAUGCCCUUACUAAGCAAGGUAUCACCGAUAUAAAGGUGGAGAGUACUGGUGAGGACGGCUCUAUCAUACACUUGUCCAAUGACGACACACUGAUACAGGUAGAGUCCGACUCUACACACAUCAUAUGUGAGGGGGAGGAGGCCGUCCGGACUAAACUGAGGGACACACUGCUCAAGUGUCUCCACAAACUAUGAUUGGUACAAUCAUUCUAGACCAUUGAGGGACUGAAGAGUUGUGUACAAGACCAAGUGUCUCCACAAACUAUGAUUGGUACGGUCAUACUAGACGAAUGAGGGACAGAAGACUUGUGGACAAGACCAAGUGUCUCCAAACCAACCCAAUGACGGACAGAAGACUUGUGUACAAGACCAAGUGCCUCCACAAACUAUGAUUGGUACGGUCAUACUAGACCAAUGAGGGACAGAAGACUUGUGGACAAGACCAAGUGUCUCCAAACCAACCCAAUGACAGACAGAAGACUUGUGUACAAGAC